AUGCGCUCCCGCCGCCAACGCAGCCCGAUCCGCGCCGCGCGCCGCGCCCUGUCGCUGAAGCUGCCCAAGAGCCCGCCGCCGAAGAUCCACGCCUGCCUGCGCCACCUCUGGCGGGCUGCCGGCGCGGCGGCCAAGGGCGCCGGCGUCGCGGCGUCGGGGGCGCUCGAUGCGCUGAUCCGCGUCGCCCUCCUCCUCGACGGCGCCGCGCGCUGGGCCGCGUCCCGCGCGUCGCGGCGCCUCGACGGCCGGCUCGCCGCCGCGGGCCCGGCCCGGCCGCGCGCCGCGGCCCCACCGGGCUCGCUCGUCGCGACGCUCUACGGCCUCGGCGGCCUCGUCGUCACGACGGCGCUCGCCGCGUCCUUCGCCUGGGCCCUCGUGGCGCAGUGCGUCGCGCGGGGCCUCGCCGCGUCCGCGACGGUCGUCUUCGCGUCGUGCUGCCUGCCCGAGCCGCCGAAGAAGCCCGCCGACGAGUACUUCGCGCCGCCGCCGAGGGACGAGGCGGCGGCAUCACCGACCGACUCCGUGUGCUCCUGCUCCUCCUCCUCCCUCGCCUCGGACGACGGCGGCGACGACGACGACAGCUUCGUCGACGUCGGCGCGGAGUGCGCCUGCGACGACGCCGAGUGGACGGCGGUCUCCUCCUGA